GAGAGGAGGGGAGGGCCUCCUCCGUCGCCGCCAUCUUGGACCGGGCCCGUUCAGCUUCCGUGGAGCCGUCGGCAGCCGCCGCCGGGCCUUCCCUUGAUCCCCGAUUCCCCUACUCGGUCGUCUAGAACAACCCCGGGCCCACUUCCUCUAUCAACAACCCAACCCCACUUCCGGCUUUCGCGCCGUCUUAUCGCGAUAGCGCCCGGGCUCGGGGCGCGAGGAAAGAGGAGGAGGAGGAAAAAAAAAAAAAAAAAAAAAAGGCGGCGGGCGGGCGCUCGCCUCUGGUUCCCCCUCCUCGCCUGUCGCGAUACGCUCCGCAGCGGCGGCGCCAGCUCCUGCGCGUCCGUUUCCAAGAGAGUAUGAAGAGAGUGCGUUUGUAGGGCAGGGAAGAUGGCGGACAAGCGCAAACUCCAAGGUGAGAUUGAUCGCUGCCUGAAGAAGGUGUCCGAAGGCGUGGAGCAGUUUGAAGAUAUUUGGCAAAAGCUCCACAAUGCAGCCAACGCGAACCAGAAAGAAAAGUAUGAGGCUGACCUAAAGAAGGAGAUUAAGAAGCUACAACGGCUGAGGGACCAGAUCAAGACAUGGGUAGCAUCCAAUGAGAUCAAGGACAAAAGGCAGCUUAUCGAAAACCGCAAGCUCAUUGAAACGCAAAUGGAACGGUUCAAAGUUGUGGAACGAGAGACCAAAACCAAAGCUUAUAGCAAGGAAGGCCUGGGUCUGGCUCAGAAGGUGGACCCUGCCCAGAAGGAGAAGGAAGAGGUUGGCCAGUGGCUCACGAACACCAUUGACACCCUAAAUAUGCAGGUGGACCAGUUUGAGAGUGAGGUGGAGUCACUGUCGGUACAGACACGCAAGAAGAAGGGCGAUAAGGAUCAGAAGCAGGACCGGAUCGAGGGCUUGAAGCGCCACAUCGAGAAGCACCGCUACCACGUGCGCAUGCUGGAGACCAUCCUCCGCAUGCUGGACAAUGACUCCAUCCUGGUUGACGCCAUCCGCAAGAUCAAGGAUGAUGUGGAGUACUACGUUGACUCGUCCCAGGACCCCGACUUCGAAGAGAAUGAAUUCCUCUAUGACGACCUGGAUCUCGAGGACAUUCCACAGGCGCUGGUCGCCACCUCCCCCCCCAGCCACAGCCACAUGGAGGAUGAGAUCUUCAACCAGUCCAGCAGCACGCCCACCUCAACCACCUCCAGUUCUCCCAUCCCACCUAGCCCAGCUAACUGCACUACGGAAAAUUCUGAAGAUGACAAGAAGAGAGGCCGCUCAACAGAUAGUGAAGUCAGCCAGUCUCCAGCCAAAAACGGCUCCAAGCCUGUCCACAGCAACCAGCACCCCCAGUCCCCAGCUGUGCCGCCCACCUACCCCUCUGGCCCCCCACCUGCCACUUCUGCCUUGAGCUCCACCCCUGGCAACAAUGGGGCCUCUACCCCAGCAGCACCUCCAAGUGCCCUGGGCCCCAAGGCCAGUCCAGCUCCCAGCCACAACUCGGGUACUCCUGCCCCCUAUGCCCAGGCUGUGGCCCCACCCAAUGCCAGCGGGCCCAGCACUGCCCAGCCCCGGCCCCCCAGUGCCCAGCCGAGCGGGGGAAGUGGUGGUGGCAGCGGAGGGAGCAGCAGCAAUAGUAACAGUGGCACAGGCGGAGGGGCUGGCAAGCAAAACGGUGCCACCAGCUAUAGUUCGGUUGUGGCAGACAGCCCUGCAGAGGUGGCCCUGAGUAGCAGUGGGGGCAGCAGUGCCAGCAGCCAAGCCCUAGGGCCCAAUUCAGGCCCCCACAACCCAGCUCCCAGCACCUCAAAGGAAUCCAGUACGGCAGCCCCGUCGGGGGCUGGGAGUGUGGCUUCAGGCUCAGGGAACAACUCAGGGGGACCCAGCCUUUUGGUGCCUCUGCCUGUGAAUCCCCCCAGCUCUCCAACGCCCAGCUUCAGUGAGGCCAAGGCAGCUGGAACCCUGCUCAAUGGUCCUCCACAGUUCAGCACCACCCCAGAAAUCAAGGCUCCUGAACCUCUGAGUUCUCUGAAAUCCAUGGCGGAACGGGCAGCUAUUAGCUCUGGUAUUGAGGACCCUGUGCCAACGUUACACCUAACAGAUCGAGACAUCAUCCUGAGCAGCACAUCAGCACCACCCACCUCAGCCCAGCCACCCCUGCAGCUGUCAGAGGUGAACAUACCAUUGUCACUGGGCGUGUGUCCACUGGGGCCAGUAUCCCUCACCAAGGAGCAGCUAUACCAACAGGCCAUGGAAGAGGCCGCCUGGCACCACAUGCCCCACCCCUCUGACUCUGAGCGAAUUCGGCAGUACCUCCCCCGGAACCCUUGCCCGACACCCCCCUACCACCACCAGAUGCCACCCCCACACUCGGACACAGUGGAGUUCUACCAGCGCCUGUCAACAGAGACGCUCUUCUUCAUCUUCUACUAUCUGGAGGGAACUAAGGCACAGUACUUGGCAGCCAAGGCCCUAAAGAAGCAGUCCUGGCGAUUCCACACCAAGUACAUGAUGUGGUUCCAGAGGCAUGAGGAGCCCAAGACCAUCACAGAUGAGUUUGAGCAGGGCACCUACAUCUACUUUGACUACGAGAAGUGGGGCCAGCGGAAGAAGGAAGGCUUCACCUUUGAGUACCGCUACCUGGAGGACCGGGACCUCCAGUGACAACGGUCCCCUCUGUCUAACCCCUCCCCCGCAUGCUGAUCCCCCUGCCC